GCCCUCCUCCUCCUCCUCGCCCUCCUCCUCCUCCACCUUCUUACCCUCCUCCUCCUCCUCGCCCUCCUCCUCCUCCUCUUCGCCCUCCUCCUCCUCUGUUCACUGCCGGCAACCGGCACUUUGCGCUAACCCAGAGAGUAGAUCCACUUGGGUGCGAGACGCAGUGGGGCAAAUCCGAUCACGCCAAUCCAUGAAAAUGCUUUGGAAACUGACGGAUAAUAUCAAGUACGAAGACUGCGAGGACCGUCACGACGGCACCAGCAACGGGACUGCACGGUUGCCCCAGCUGGGCACUGUAGGUCAAUCUCCCUACACCAGCGCCCCGCCGCUGUCCCACACCCCCAAUGCCGACUUCCAGCCCCCUUACUUCCCCCCGCCCUACCAGCCUAUCUACCCCCAGUCACAAGAUCCUUACUCCCACGUCAACGACCCCUACAGCCUGAACCCCCUGCACGCCCAGCCGCAGCCGCAGCACCCGGGCUGGCCCGGCCAGAGGCAGAGCCAGGAGUCUGGGCUCCUGCAUACGCACCGGGGGCUGCCGCACCAGCUGUCGGGCCUGGACCCUCGCAGGGACUACCGGCGGCACGAGGACCUCCUGCACGGCCCACACGGGCUCGGCUCCGGGCUCGGAGACCUCCCGAUCCACUCCUUACCUCACGCCAUCGAGGACGUCCCGCAUGUAGAAGACCCGGGUAUUAACAUCCCAGAUCAAACUGUAAUUAAGAAAGGCCCCGUGUCCCUGUCCAAGUCCAACAGCAACGCCGUCUCCGCCAUCCCUAUCAACAAGGACAACCUCUUCGGUGGCGUGGUGAACCCCAACGAAGUCUUCUGUUCAGUUCCGGGUCGCCUGUCGCUCCUCAGCUCCACCUCGAAGUACAAGGUCACGGUGGCGGAAGUGCAGCGGCGCCUCUCACCGCCCGAGUGUCUCAACGCGUCGCUGCUGGGCGGAGUGCUGCGGAGGGCGAAGUCUAAAAAUGGAGGAAGAUCUUUAAGAGAAAAACUGGACAAAAUAGGAUUAAAUCUGCCAGCAGGGAGACGUAAGGCUGCCAACGUCACCCUACUUACAUCGCUAGUGGAGGGAGAAGCCGUCCACCUAGCCAGGGACUUUGGGUAUGUGUGUGAAACUGAAUUUCCUGCCAAAGCAGUAGCGGAAUUUCUCAACCGACAGCAUUCCGAUCCCAGUGAGCAAGUGACAAGAAAAAACAUGCUCCUGGCUACAAAACAGAUCUGCAAGGAGUUCACCGACCUGCUGGCUCAGGACCGAUCUCCCCUGGGGAACUCGAGGCCCAACCCCAUCCUGGAGCCCGGUAUCCAGAGCUGCUUGACCCACUUCAACCUCAUCUCUCACGGCUUCGGCAGCCCGGCGGUGUGCGCCGCGGUCACUGCCCUGCAGAACUAUCUCACCGAGGCCCUCAAGGCCAUGGACAAAAUGUACCUCAGCAACAACCCCAACAGCCACACGGACAACAGCGCCAAAAGCAGUGACAAAGAAGAGAAGCACAGAAAGUGAGGCUCUGCCCCCGCCCCGCCCGCCGCUCCGGCCGGCGUCCCCGCGCCCCUCCCCCGCCCGGCAGGUGACAGCUGGGGCAGGUGACCGCUCGGGGACCGGCCGUUUCUACUGCUGCUGCUGCUACUGCCGCGCCGCCCCUCCUCCCCAGACCCUCCGGACUGCUCUCUCCACUGCCAGUGGGGCCGCCACUGCCCUGCCUCGACCUCCCCAUCGGCACCGACACCCACCUUGCCGUCUUGUGGAGCCUAAGAGAACAGAACAGGCCGUGAAGCCAGCAAAGAGAAGUUCUGUCGAGUUUGUGAACCUUUUUUUUUUUUUUUUUUAAAUCAAAUCAACAACGACAAACAUUGAAACUUUUUUUCUAAAAAAAAAAAAAGAACGUAAAAAAAUUUUAAAAAGAUUCUAUGCGCUUCCUGGGGACUAACUAGCUCGUCAUCCCCUCCCCUUGCAUACAGUUCAGAUUGUAGCCAUGCUUAAAAAAAAGGCAAAGAGGAAAAUGACAGUUUUAUCAGUAUUGUGAAUAAACUUGAACACAAAUCCAGAA